AAGAGAUAUUGAAAAUGGCUAAAAAAUCAAUAAAAUACGGAAUUCUAUGUGUAUAUACCCAAAAUUUUCUAUGGGAAAACGCAGAUAUGACACUUGCAUAUAAUUGUGAGAUGAACGAAUUAAUAACGUUUAUUAAAAAUACAUUUACGGAAAAUUUUAAUGCAGAAGUAAUUGAUAUAAGCUCAGAACUUAAGGAAAGUGACAUAACGGAAAAAAUACGCUUUUGGUGCGAUGGAAAUGAACCUGUUGAUAUUAUUUUUAUUAUUGGUUAUACAACUUUUGAUUCAUCUGAUAAACCAGAGCUUGAAAGAAUUAUCACUAAACAAAUUACUAAAAAAUACGAAGAUACACAAUUACUGGAGACAUUGGAACGCCCGUUUCAACGAAGUUUUUGUGGAAAGCGAUAUAAAACACGAAUCUUUAAUUUUUUUGGCUUCUGUAAUGAAGAAGUAGUAACAUUCAUCAACUCAACAGCAAGACAACUCAAAUGUCAAUUAAGAUUAAUACCCCAGGAAGAAAUACUGCAAAUUGUCCCUUCAGCUAGCUGUAUAUCUUCUAAUAAUAAUAAUAAUAAUGCAGAUCAGGAAGCAGACGAAAGUCAAAUCCAAUCUGAUGAAGAAGAUAUGUUUAAUAUAUUAUUAAAGGUAGGCGAAAGUCAAUCUCAUGAAAAAGUUAUGCUUAAUCUACAUAUAGAGAAGGAAAAUAUUAGGCCGAAUAUCACAUUUGAACCUGCUUCUCCUUCAACUUCAUUUUUAACGAAAGAAGACGACACAGAGAAAAAGGAACCUAAACCUUCUUUUUCAUCUAACAAAUUUACAAAAAUGAUAGAGGAGAAUGCACGACAAUGCUAUAGAGAAUCUCAGCUUUUGGAUUCAGAAAGGGUACACGUUGAUCAAGUCGCCGAACAUGAUGAGACAUCUGCAUAUUUAACUACAAACCAAUCGGAUAUUGCGUCGGAGAGUGAAGUCACUAUUACCGCGGAAUCUCCUCCGUUAAUAAAAUUUGAGUUAAACUUUGAGAGUCAAGAUGAUAGUGACAGUGAAUCUCUUUCAGCUGAAUCCAUGGACGAGAAAGAGGAAGACACAAUUACUGUAAAAAAUGCAUUGUUGGAAAUACAACGGAUAGUAAAGUCCGUUGAACUCAUAAGAUCAUAUAAAUAUAUAAAUACAGAAGAUUCUCAUGGCAGAAUAUUGGCCGAAAGCGUGUAUUCCGAUUGCAAUGUACCAGCAUUUAGAGCUGCCACUAAACAUGGAUACGCAGUAUUGGCAAGUGAUAAUGUGGACAAAAGAGUAGUACUGGACAGAAUUACAGCCGACCCAGUAUCUCUCAUACCUGGGACAUGCACGUAUGUGAUGAGCGGACAGCGCGUUCCUGACGAAGCAACAGCGGUUGUGUCAAUUAAGAAUGUAAAGCAAAUAAUAAAUGAUAACAUGCCACUUUUAAUUCUGAUAAAAAUUAAACCGAAAUUCGGGCAGAAUAUUAAAGAUAUCGGUAGCGAUAUAAGGAAAAACAAAAUAAUUAUACCUGCAUUCACACGUAUUGGUCCAACGGAAUUAGGACUUUUGACGGCUACAGGUCGUCAAAGAAUUCUAGUCAUGGAACCUGUACCCAUAGGUAUAUUGUCAAUUGGAGAGUUCUUAGUGGAACCGGGAGAGCCUUUAAGACCGGGAUUUGUUUACGACAGCAACAGAAUAAGCCUAAUCGCGCUAUUAAAAGAUAAAGGUUUUAAUUCGAUAGUGGACUUCGGAAUUGUGACACAUGAUACACAAUCUAUAAAGAUGAAAAUCGAAGAAGCUUUAAAUCAAGUAAACGUACUUGUAACAAUAGGCUGUUCGAACGAUAAUGAUAUGUUGAAGCCCAUCUUAAAAAAUAACUUUGAUGCCACUAUACAUUUCGGAAAUGUAUUCUUGAAGCCAGGGAAAUCGACGACGUUUGCAACAUGCACUAUUGACGACAAAAUGAAAUAUUUUGUAUGUCUAUCGAAAAAUCCUGUGUCUGCUUUCGUUUCCGCGCAUCUGUUUCUUGUACCUUUUUUGAACGGAAUACACCACAUGUUUGAGAAGCCUUGCAAAAUUCCAGCUCGCAUACAGCAACGAUAUAUUUUGCAUCAGCGUCCUAGAGCGGCAUGGGCGAAUUUACAAUGGAAAAAGCGGGAUAAUAUCGCGAGGGCUUAUAGCAAGAAAAAUCUAUGCAACGAUAAACCAGUUAGCUGUCAAGCCGCUAAUGCGCUCUUAUUACUCCCGCAGAAAACAGUGGAUCAGGAAGUACUGAAUAAGUCAUUUGUACCUGCAUGUCUAAUCAAAUAAUUAAGCGUUAAUAACAGAUGCUUCUAAUUGACUAUCAUAAAUACCAAUUUAUGAUAAAACCAU